AUGUCCAUGGCUAGUCUUCUCGGUCUUUCCACGCCUGUGGACGUGGAUAUCACCUUUGCUGAUGCCGAUCAACGCAAACAUGUGGACAUCAAAGUCGACAAGGACCGCACAGAAACGUAUCCAGUGUAUCUCGAUGGCGAAACUGUUAGCGGCAAGGUCAAUAUUCGUUUGCGAAACGGCAAACGACUCGAACACAAUGGUAUCAAGGUCGAGUUUGUGGGAAGCAUAGAGCUCUUUUACGAUCGAGGACGCCCGCAUGAAUUCUUGACCCUUUCUCAAGAAGUAGCAGCUCCCGGCGAACUUCGUCAAAACACCUCAUUCGAUUUCGAGUUCAAACGCGUGGAGAAGCAAUAUGAAUGUUACAAUGGUAUCAAUGUGCGAUUAAGAUACUUUGUGCGUGUUACCGUAUCUCGUCGUCUUGCCGAUCUUGUUCAUGAAAAGGAUAUCUGGGUCUACUCUUAUCGAAUGCCAACGGACGUCAACAACUCUAUCAAAAUGGAAGUUGGUAUUGAGGACUGCUUGCACAUUGAAUUUGAGUACAACAAGUCCAAGUAUCAUCUAAAAGACGUCAUUGUCGGCAAGAUUUACUUUUUGUUGGUACGCAUAAAGAUCAAGACAAUGGAGCUGGCAAUUAUUCGUCGUGAGACGACUGGAGCAGCACCCAACCUGUACAAUGAAAGUGAGACUGUGACCAAAUUUGAAAUCAUGGAUGGUGCUCCAGUGCGUGGCGAGACAAUCCCUAUUCGACUGUUUUUGGGUGGUUUCGAUUUAGCACCUACUUUCCGAGAUGUCAACAAGAAAUACUCGACAAGAUAUUACCUCAACUUGGUAUUGAUUGAUGAAGAAAAUCGUCGCUAUUUCAAGCAGCAAGAGAUCACCUUGUUUAGACGAAAGAUUGAUGACGGCUACCCACCUGACGAUGAACCUGUCGUCAAUGCUUAA